CCUUGUUUCGGUCACGUGACGUAUGCCUACGAAGAUGGUGGAAGUUUCUUCUUCCUUGAAGUGAAACCCCGACUGGAACCUAAACACCCCACACACCGAGGGCUCGGACUUCACCGCAGCGUUACCAGUCUGGUUUCACAGCCUCCCUUCGGAUCCGGGCCUUCACCCCAGCCCUAUGUCAUGGCAAGUGGAGUCACCAAGUCGGGCACUACCAACGGUUACCCUAUGAAGGCACAGCUACAAAUCAUUGUGCUAUCAGCAAAACUAAAAGAGAACAAGAAAAACUGGUUUGGUCCCAGUCCCUAUGUGGAAGUGACAGUCGACGGCCAGUCCAAGAAAACAGAGAAAUGCAACAACACCCACAGCCCCAAGUGGAAGCAGCCACUCACUGUGAUUGUGACUCCAUUCAGCAAACUGGUGUUUCGUGUGUGGAGCCACCAGACGCUGAAGUCAGAUGUGUUGCUAGGCAUGGCCACGCUGGAUGUCAGCGACACGCUCAAGUCUAACGACAUGAAAAUCUCUGAGGUGGUGCAGACCUUACAGCUGUGUGCAGACAGAGACCAGUCAGAUGUGGUGGGAGAUCUGUCUGUCUGCCUGGACGGCAUGACUGUCGACCCUGAGAUGUUCGCCAAGGCCGAGGCCGAUCAUCACAGUACAUCAAAUGGGGAAUCACAACCCAAUGGAGAUCAUACCAUAAGGCCGAGUAGAGACAGCUCCCCAGCUGUGGAUGGUGUUGAUCACAAGUCUUCUCCCAGUGGCCGGAGGUCAGCAAACAGCAAGGGGUCUCCUUCAGUGUCAUCUGGGGGCUCGAGGCCUCUCCGACCACCCAGGCCCUCCAGACCUCCUCCUCCAACCCCACGCAGACCCACCUCUUCACCAGCAUCUUCCAGCAACGGCUCUGCACCAGCUGAUGGCAGCGAUGGUCAGUCCGGAUCUGAUACACCGGUGCGAGCACUAGCCACAGUACCGUCAUCAGCCCGAGAAUCAAGUCCCUCGGCGGGCUCAGACAGAAACUCCCCUCCGGCCGCCAGCUCUGGAGCUGCAGCAACCAGACAGCCAACCAGCAGCAUCACCCCUGCUGUCACUCCAAGGGUCCCUGCUGUCAACACUGGGCCAUUGCCCCCUGGAUGGGAGCAGAGGGUGGAUCAGAACGGCAGGUUGUAUUUUGUCGAUCAUGUGGAAAAGAGAACAACGUGGGAACGCCCUGAACCACUGCCCCCUGGUUGGGAGCGUCGCGUCGACCAGAUGGGGAGGGUCUACUUUGUCGAUCACAUCACACGAACCACCACGUGGCAGCGCCCCACAGUGGAGACGGUGCGUAACUACGAGCAGUGGCAGCACCAGCGGAACCAGCUACAGGGCGCCAUGCAGCAGUUCAACCAGAGGUUCAUAUUUGGGCUACAAGACCAGGUCACAGCCACUCAAAAUAAGGAGUUCGAUCCUCUCGGGCCUCUGCCACAUGGAUGGGAAAAAAGAACAGACACAAAUGGCAGAGUUUAUUUUGUACAUCACCCUACGCGGUCAACACAGUGGGAGGACCCUCGAACACAGGGGUUGCUGAAUGAGAAGCCACUUCCAGAGGGCUGGGAGAUGAGGUUCACUGUAGAUGGUAUUCCCUACUUCGUAGACCACAACAGGAGAACGACCACCUACAUCGACCCUCGCACUGGAAAAUCCUCGCUUGAAAACGGACCUCAGAUCACCUACGUUCGAGACUUCAAAGCCAAAGUACAGUACUUCAGAUUCUGGUGCCAGCAACUGUCAAUGCCUCAACACAUCAAGAUCACUGUAACCAGAAAAACUCUGUUUGAGGACUCCUUCCAGCAGAUAAUGAGCUUUAACGCUCAAGAUCUGCGAAGGAGACUAUGGAUCAUCUUUCCUGGAGAAGAAGGCCUUGAUUACGGAGGUGUUGCCAGGGAGUGGUUCUUCCUGUUGUCACAUGAAGUGUUGAACCCCAUGUACUGCCUGUUUGAAUAUGCCGGGAAAGAUAACUACUGUCUCCAGAUCAACCCCGCCUCCUACAUCAACCCUGACCACCUCAAGUAUUUCAAGUUCAUAGGACGCUUCAUUGCCAUGGCUCUUUUCCACGGCAAGUUCAUCGACACUGGUUUCUCACUGCCAUUUUACAAGCGCAUCCUGAACAAGCCAUUGGCCCUCAAAGACCUUGAGUCUAUAGACCCGGAGUUCUACAACUCCCUCAUGUGGAUCAAGGAUAACGACAUCGAGGAGUGUGGGCUGGAGAUGUUCUUCUCUGUUGACAAAGAGAUCCUGGGUGAAAUCUCCACCCAUGAACUGAAACCAGGAGGAGGAGACAUCCAAGUCACUGAGGAGAACAAGGAGGAGUACAUCAGGCUGGUAGCAGAGUGGAGGCUGUCGAGAGGAGUGGAAGAGCAGACCCAGGCUUUCUUUGAAGGCUUUAAUGAGGUCCUCCCUCAGCAAUACCUGCAGUACUUUGAUGCUAAAGAGCUUGAGGUGAUGCUGUGUGGUAUGCAGGAGAUCGACCUUGCAGACUGGCAAAGAAACACCAUCUACAGACACUAUGCUAGAAGCAGCAAACAGAUCGUCUGGUUCUGGCAGUUUAUUAAGGAAAUGGACAAUGAGAAGAGGAUGAGACUGCUGCAGUUUGUCACUGGUACCUGUCGCCUGCCUGUAGGAGGCUUUGCCGACCUUAUGGGAAGCAAUGGUCCCCAGAAGUUUUGUAUCGAGAAGGUGGGAAAAGAAAACUGGCUUCCCAGAAGUCACACAUGCUUUAACAGACUGGACCUGCCACCCUACAAGAGCUACGAGCAACUGAAGGAGAAGCUGAUGUUUGCCAUCGAGGAGACAGAGGGCUUCGGACAGGAAUGAGAGAAACCAGGAGAAGUGUGAAUAGUGGGCACGGGAGUCUGAAGGAAUUAAAAACCACCAGUGUUCAAAUCAGGGAGCCCCUUCAGACAAAGUGGGCUUUUUCAUGUGUUUCUGCUCAUGCAUGCAUGCACACACCUGUAUGGUACUUCUAUGGGUGCGUGCGUGAGACUGUUGCCUGCAUGUUGUUGCAAAAGAACUGGGAUUCGCAACUACCGUGUACACCAUGCUCGAAGCGGGCCUCUCAAUGCUUGAUUGGUAUGUGCAAAAUUUUGUAUUCCUUUAAACCAAACACAGAAGCUGCUCUCAUCUGUCAGAAUGUGCGGCACAUUAUGCAUGGGAUCCUGGAAAGUCACCCUCCAUGACAUCUGUUUAAUCAAAUCAGAUUUUAUUUAUAUAGCACAUCUCAUACAAAGUCAUCUCAACACACUUUUGCAUACAACAUAUGUGAGUAAAAACAUAUUGAGUCUUGAGAAUUAAUUAAUCCCCAGCCCAGCCACCCUCACAGACACACCCAAUCACACAUACUCAAAACAGAACACUAGAGAGGUGAGGAAGAAAGAGAGUUUAACCAUUAGUGACCAUGUAGUCCCUGUCAGGCCAGAUCUGCACCUCAAGCUGACCACUGAGUCUGUGUUUUUUGGGAGGCCUCUGUCAAGAGCCAGAGGAAGGAGACAUGUCCAACAAUUCUUGUCAUGGGUCCAAACAUGGCUGAUGUGGCGAGGCCAACCAUGAAACAGAGUGCAGCUGCUUACUACAGGAGCUGCGCUCACUCAUGGAUCAAAGAGGAGCAGAAGCAGUAACUAAGAUCAGGGAGAGCGAUGGAGAUGUUAACAGACUGCGUGCCAGACUGAGAACAUCACCGGUCGGAGGUUUAGAUGGAAACUCAGAGGACAUUAACAGAAGAAAAGUUUAGACAGAACAAGAUCCGUCCUUAAAAGUCAAAAACCUUUGUGCAGUUAGUGUGGGAAGCAGGAUGUGACGCUAAUCAUCGUGGAGGUGGCAGCAAUCAUUUCACUAGUCCUUUCUUUCUACAGACUGCCUGAUGGUAACAGGCGGUCUGUGCCACUAAACUGUGGCACAGCGGCUAGGGGCAUAGAGGAGGAGGGUGAGGCUGAGACUGGAUGCAUCAAAGGCGCUGCCAUUCUGCUUUCAGUGGUCUGCAUUGUCCUGGUUACAUCUCUUAAUGAGUGGAGUGAAGAGAAGCAGUUCCGGGUCCUCCAGAGCCACUUAGAGCAGGAGCAGAAGUCCAAGGGGGGCAGGUGAACAAGCUCAUAGUGUCAGAGAGUUGUGGGUGUCGGGGACAUUCCACAAGUCAAAUAUGGUGACCUCCCUACUGACAGCGUCCUGAUUCAGGCAAACGAUCUCAAGAUUGACAAGAUCAUGUCAACAAGAGCGUCGACAAAGACCCCAUGUUGAUGUCAUGGAGGGCUCUGGUAAGAUGUUGGUCACUGCUGUAGGUGUGAACUCUCAAACUGGAAUCAUCUUCACGCUGCUUGGUGCCAGUGAGGAGGGAGAUGGUGAGAAGAAGGACAAGAAGAGGACGACAAAGGAAAGAGGCAAAAACAAGGAUGGAGUCAUGGCGGAGAUGCAGCCGCUCAACAAUGACAGAACCAGAGAAAAACAAAAACCAACCAAAGAAGGAGAAGUCGGUCCUCCAGGGGAAGCUGACCACACUGGCAGGUCUGUUCAUGUCGACUCUCACUGUCAUGUCUGUUAAUGGGACUGCAGUAGCUUUUGGGGCUACAGUCCAAUUCUCAUAACCAGAAGGGUCACAUAUUCUUAAACAGUCUCCAUAAGGUGUCUUUGACCACCUGAUUUCAUCUUAUUGAAAUGCUUUGCAUUAAAGCAUCUGGUAAAUGUCAAAAUGUACAUUUUAAGGCACGAUUGAGAGGGUGUGCUUUUUAAAAAACAGGGUUAACUAUCACCAAAAAAGCAAACUUUGUUGCUCUAAGAUUGUUUGUUGCAUCCCCUUUUAGCAUCAUUCACAUCAUCAUUCCUGAUUAUAUCCUCAAAUCUCACACUUUGAGCUUCAUCUUUACUCGUGACUAAAGUGGAUCCUUUUUAAAAAAAAAAUGAACAGUAACCUGUGACAAUAUAAGAUUAUAGCCAUGCCAUAGUGAAUUCAUGAAGAGUGCUCCAAAUUAACGCUUCAAUAACAGACAAUCUUGGUGCUCCAAAGAGAUUUGGGCAACAUGCCUAAUAUAAGUAACAAGAGAGAGACAGUUUGGUGUGCCUGGUUCUAUAGUAUUUGAUCUGUGAAUCACUUCAUGAUUGUGAAAAGUGUUGUAGCCUCCAUUAUUUACAGUGGUGGGAAAUGUGGAAGACUUCAACAGAAGUUUAACUGACCCUAGUUUUAUAGGGCUGGAGUUUGUACGCUGUCGUGGGAGGUGGGACAUUUUGAAUUAGAGUAUUCUGGGAGUAUUUUAUAAGUUAUUCAUCGUCAUUUGAUUUUGCAGAUCAGAUCCUGAAAGAAUACAUUUGGGAAUGAAGUCGGUAUUUUAAGAUAUUUAUGUAUUCAGUACUCAAGAUGUACUUGACUUAAACUAAAAAUUCAAAACAAUAAAAUGCAAAACACAAGUGGAAAAAACACCAAAUGCAAGUCAAACCAAAUCUUUUUUUUUUUUCAGUUUAGGUUUAAAAAAAACAAACUUUUAUGACAUUUUGAAUGCAUAUACUUUGCAGAACUCAAAAAGAAACUGCAUGUAGCUCCUGAUACACAUGUAGCAUUUAGAGGUGAGUUGUUACCUUGUUUUAACUCUUCAUGCCCCAAAGCCCAUCACAAAAUGAACGGGGAAAAUAAAUAAUGUUCUUAGGAAUUUAUAAAUCGCUGUUAAACAGAUGCAGUGUGGUAUUAAAACUUUGGUCUUCCCUUUUACAUUUUUACCUCUAAGUAUUUUCACUUCAUAACUCUUUAAAUUCCUCUGGUGUCAUUUUGUUUUUCAGACAGCAUAUUAAAAUUAUACAUGUGGCUAUGUUUUCAACUCUGAAGAUGUGUUCAAGUUAUGAUUUCAAGUAAAGAUUGUUAUGUUAGUGUUGCUUAUGGAACCUGAGAGCUGACAAUUUUAGCAGAUUACUGUUCAUGGUCACAGAUGUGUGUGCACGAAGAAACCUCCAGAUGCUUUACCAGUGUGGAAUCCAACAUUAAGUGUGUAUGAAAACGUGUUUGGUUUGGAUGAUGUCACACAUCUGAUCAGUAACAGAGUUAUAAAAGAUGAUUCAUCUUAUUUAUCCCUAUGAAAACAUGAAACACUUCAUAGUGUGGUUGCUCAUUUUGGAGUGUCAUUUUGAAUUAAGUACACACUGAAAAGACAAGUGCAGUUACUGAGGAACAUUGGAUUCAGGUGUUGGUCUGACAAAGCGGAAGCACUUUUAAAAAAUAUCCCUCCACUUUCUUUUCUUCAGUAUUUGGGGAAUCCUGUCCUGGUCGUUAGUAACUCUAGGCUCUUUGUUUCCACAUGCGUGGUGCGAUGGUGUUUGUCGUCAGCCUUCAGGUAGCCUUAUUUCCACCCUCAACAUCAGGUAUCCUUUUUAGCAACUUGAUGCGAGCAGAGGUGAUUGACCACAUGGACUCUCUUGACCCUGCUGUGGAGAAGUAACCAGAUCAAGAGGAGUUUGAGAUGUUCUAUUGAAGAAACUGUACCAGUGUGGAAAAGCUGUAAGACUUGAGCUGAUCUCACACGGCCUGUUUUGAUGGCUAAGUGUGACUUCAGCUGGGAAAACAACUACUGAGAUAAAGUCAGUGUGAUAUAACGAAUGUAUGAUGAAAAGUGGUUUGGUGAAGUUGCCUCUAUACAUCUUUGCCUCACAUUGUCCCCCCUUUGAUGCAAAGUGUUAUUUUAAUCUUGUUCUGAGUUGAUCACACGUUAAAAUCCCAGGAGCAGAGCAGUUAAGCAAAUGUGUGAAUAUCACGAAUCACCGCUUCUUCUUUUUGUUCUCCAGAAUCCACCAUGUACAACUAAACCACUGUCACUCUCCUGUACAUGAAAACAAGUUGUAAAUGGUGUCAAUAACAAAUUUUCUUUUGUAAAAGAAAGGUUUUAAUAAGAGGUUUAUGGUAACACUAUAUUUUCUUUUCCCUGUUUAAUUGCUGAUGUACAUGAAAGAUGUGUAAUAUAGAAAUUGUCACCUUAAUAAAUUAAAUCAAAAAUG